GAAGGAAAACCUUGCAAUUCGUCGGACCAUUUUUUGUCGUCCUGCGGCUAUUUGUAACCCUAGUUUCCGAACAAUCCCUGAUCAACCCUGCAAUUCGUUCCGUCCUCCAUGGCUAAGAAGCGAAAGGUCCGGUCUUCUGAGCCUCAACAAGAAGCUGACCAGGCUCAACCGCAGGAACAAUCACCACAAGACCAAGAACCUCAACAAAUAGAUGAGGAAUUAGAACCCCAAACUCAUCAUGUAGACCACGAACAAGAACAACCCAUCGAAGAAAAAGAGCCAGAAAACAUGGAGGAGGGCGGGAAUGAUGAAGAAAACCCCGAUCAAGAGGAACCAGAUGAUGCAAACACCUCCUUAAACGACGGCGUAUUAGCAGAACAAGCCCCACAAUCCGAAGCUAACGGUGAUGGCGAACGAGAAGAAGAUAGCGGCAGAGAAGAAGAGGAGGAAGAGGAAGAAGUGGUGGAAGAGCCUGUGGAGAGGCUUCUGGAACCCUUUUCGAAAGAUCAAUUGGUGGUUUUACUCAAAGAAACCGUUACAAAGUACCCGGAAUUCGUUGAAAGCGUAGAGAAGUUGGCCGAUUUGGACCCGGCUCACCGGAAGAUCUUCGUGCACGGCUUUGGCUGGGAUACCAAUGCCGAAACCCUAAUUUCGGUGUUCGGAAAAUAUGGCGAGAUCGAGGAUUGCAAAGCAGUCACCGACAAGGUCUCCGGAAAAUCUAAAGGGUAUGGAUUUAUUCUCUUUAAACACCGGAGUGGUGCCCGGAAGGCCCUCAGGCAGCCCCAGAAACAGAUUGGGAAUCGAAUGACCUCGUGCCAGCUGGCGUCUGCCGGACCAGUCCCGGCGCCAGCGCCGACGACAGGGCCUCAGGUUUCGGAGUAUACCCAGAGGAAGAUUUUUGUGAGCAAUGUUUCUGCGGAUAUGGAUCCGCAAAAGCUAUUAGAAUUCUUUUCAGAAUAUGGGGAGAUUGAGGAUGGGCCUUUGGGUUUGGAUAAGCAAACUGGGAAGCCUAAAGGGUUUGCAUUGUUUGUGUAUAGGACAAUUGAGAGUGCUAGAAAGGCUUUAGUAGAGCCACAUAAGAAUUUUGAUGGGCAUACAUUGCAUGUUCAACAGGCCGUUGAUGGGCAAAAACCUAAUAAACAUAACUAUCAUCAUCAGCAGCAAUACCAGCAGCAGCAUGGUCAUUACCAUCAUCACGGCACAAAAAAGGGGAAGUAUUUGGGCGGUAGUGGGGCCGGAUCUGGGCAUCUGAUGGCGCCAUCGGCUCCUGCUGUAGUCGGUUUCAACCCAGCGGUGGCAGCGCCUGCGUUGGCUCCGGCUUUGGGACAGGCAUUUACUGCCUUUCUUGCGACUCAGGGAGCUGGAUUGGGGCUUACGAAUAUGCUUGGAGGACUUAGUGCGCCGAUGAACCAGGGAGUGCCGCCUGUAGUGAACAAUGUUGCAGCGUAUGGAAAUCUGGGUGGAGGUUACGGAAAUCAGGGUGGAGGUGGUUAUGGGAGUCAGCCGGGGGUGCAGGGUGGGUACCACAAUCAACAUAUGGGGCAGGGCAGGGGCCGUCCACAGCAGGGUGGUGCUCCGUACAUGGGUCAGGGUCGCUAGCUGAGUGAAAGGUAUUAG